ACAGAUUGUGACUGGUUUUGUUAAUCGAAUUUGCGUGAUGAUAAAAAAAAUUCUAAUUGAAUUGGUGGUUUGUUUUGUUUUGUUUUACAUUUAAUUUGAAUUUGGAGAGAUUUCCAUUUUUGGCAAUCAUUGGCCAUGCCUUGGAUUCGUGCGAAACCAAAACCAGUUAGUUUUGAUAUAUUUCUGAUUCGUAUAUUGGACUAUGUUGAAAUGCGCAUCAAAAAUGAAUUACCAAUCGUUCAUCGAAUAAUAUAUCGUUGUCCACCGGAUGAAUAUAUUGUAUUGCGAAGAUUAUUCUGCAUGUUUGGUGGUUAUUUAGUAUGUAAAUUCUUGUUGAUUUUGUGUGUGGAAUUGCCACAAACGCCAGAAGAUAAAGAUAGUAUAUUCAUACAUAAAUGGGGUCUAGUUAUCAUGAUUAUUGGCUUUGUGUUUUCCGUACAAAUUCGCACGGUAAUCUGUCUACUAUUACCAUCAUUGAUUAUUACAUCGAAUGGAAUAUUUUUCUAUUUACGCCUCGUACAACGCACACAACAUGUAUUGUUACCAUCUGUAAUUGGUAAUAUUCGCGCAUUAUGGAGUAUGAUUUCUUGUCUUAUUAAUUUUCGUCAAUCACGAGAGAAAGCUAUGUCACGAUUGGCUGCACGUCCAAUCAUUGAAUGGUUUACUCAUUCAUCGAAUUUAUCAAUAUCGUUAACAGAUUUAAAUGAUUUGCAUAUUGUCAAAGAAAAUCUAACUCAAGCAUUCAAAUCGUUCCAAGUUGAUGUUGAAAAGCUAAAUGGUUAUUGUGAUUCGCUUAUAGAACCAUUAAAAAAUGAUGAUCAUUGUAGUAGCUCAAUGGAAAAAUUAUACAAUGAUAGUAACAUUUUGACCAAACAAAUUUAUAAUCAGGUUUACAAUGUUUGCUACAAAGCAAUGGAUGAAUUUAAUUCGAAUUUUUGUUCAAAAUUGAAUGAACCAUUUGAAAAAUUGGAAAAUUUCAGCAAUCAUAUGUCCAAUUAUGAUUUACUUGAUUCAUUAGAAUUGGUGAAAUCUGGUGAUAAUUUCAAACAAAUGAAUGAAGCAUUAGAAAUGUGGCAAUCAUUAGUUGGUUAUCGAAUGGAUAUUGAAGAAGAAUUUCGUGCCGAAUUCGAAUGGAUUGGAUUGUUUGGUGUGCUAAUUCGUCUAGUAUUUCUUGGAUCACUGAUAUCUGGAAUGAUUCGAGCCAUUUUCUAUCAUAAUCGUUAUCUUAGAUUUUCUAAUUUUGAUAAUCAUUAUAUUGAUCGAUAUUUUUACCAUAUCGAUAAUAAACGUAAAGUAAUGAACAAGAUUCAUUUGUUACCAUUACGUGGUAAUGAUCGAUGGCAACUUAUACCGACAUUCAGUCUAAAACGAAGUAUCUACGAAAAAGCUGUUUAUUAUAAAUUACAAAAGAAAAUCAUUACUGUCACACUUUUAACAUUGGCAAUUGUUCUUUAUAUUGAUUACAUAUUCUCCGAAUGUGUCAACCUGAUGGCAGCCAAAUUAUCAACUAGUGAUCAUUUUGAUUUACUCGUACAUCGAUAUCAUCCUAAAGCUACUGGUGGCAUUUUCGCCAUAAUAAUCAAUAAUUUUGUUGGACAUUUUCAUUUUAAUUAUACGGAAUUAUUUCGUCAUGAUUGGCAUACAUGUCGACAAUCGAAUCCCAAACAAUUAGGAUGGCCCCAAUAUCAGGAUAUUUUCGCUGAUUGUAUAUUGCUAAUGCUUUUACAUUCAUUGGCCAUACAUUUUGUUCGUUGUAGACAUUUGAUUUGUGAUUUUUUCUAUUAUCGUUAUGGUAAACAAAGAAAUCUUUAUCUUUAUAAUCAAAAAUUAAUAAAUCGAAAACGAUUCCUUCGGUUUCGACGACGACAUAUCGAUACUAUGGUUCAAGCGAAUCGGAUGUUUGCUAAAGAAUUGGAUCCUAUUCAUCAAUAUGAAAUUGAAAAGAAGAAAAUUUCAAAAAAAUCUCCAUUAAUUCGACGAUUUUACGAAUUUAUCAAACGAAAAAUUCUUACACAACGUAAACAAUGUUUCACUUGUCAUGUUUUGAUCAAACCACCAUAUUAUUUUUGUUCAUCUAUAAAUUGUCGUUUAAUCUAUUGUGAACCAUGUUUCAGCGAUUUUCUUCUCACCUGUCUGAAUUGUGGCGUCAAUGGACCACCAUACGUUUGUUUGUUUGAUUGAAUGAAUGAACC